UCUCCCUCUCCUAAACCUUGGACUUAAACCCUAAAAACUGAAUCUUGUUACUUAUUUUUCUUGAUAAUUUUGUGGAAGGUAAGAAAAGGCAAAGUUUGUGCAAGAAAUGCAUAAAUGAAGAUGCUAUUAAGGAAGCCAGCAGGUGCAAACUUACGGAAUGGAUUUAGGUUCUGGAAUAUUUAUACCAAUUCCCGGAAGUGGAUUUCCAUCUAUACUGGACUAUCUUCUGGUUUGGAUGGUCAAGUUACUUCCUUUAUGGAUGCUGAUAAUCACGAAAACUGGACAAAAAGCGGCACCGCAAAGGAAGUAGUUGAUGAUGUGUGUAAAAUAUUGGAAAGUGGUAAUUGGGGACCUGAUGUUGAGAAUGCGUUAUCCCUGUUUGUUGAAAGUCCUAAAACAGAUUUGGUAAUUGGGGUUUUAAGGAGAGCGAAAGAUGUUAAUCAAGCAAUAAGUUAUUUUAGGUGGACCGAGAGAAAAACUGACCAGGCUUUAUGUCCGGAGGCUUAUGAUUCACUUCUUUUAGUAAUGGCUAAAAAUGUGAAGUUUGAUUAUUUCGAACAAAUUCUUGGAGAAAUGAGUAUUGCUGGAUUUGGUCCAUCAACUAAGACUUGCAUUGAAUUAAUUUUGAGCUGCAUAAAAUCGAAUAAGCUUAGAGAAGGUUUUGAUCUCAUUCAAUGUAUGAGGAAAUUCAAGUUUCGACCUGCUUUUUCUGCUUAUACAACUUUGAUUGGUGCCCUCUCCAGUGUACAAGAAUCUGACAUCAUGCUUACUCUAUUUCAUCAAAUGCAGGAACUGGGUUAUGAAGUAAGUGUACACUUGUUUACAACUGUUAUUCGCGUGUUUGCUAGAGAAGGUCGUCUUGAUGCUGCUCUUUCACUAUUGGAUGAGAUGAAAAGCAACUGUCUUCAUGCUGAUAUUGUUCUUUAUAAUGUCUGUAUAGAUUGCUUUGGUAAGGCGGGUAAAGUGGAUAUGGCUUGGAAGUUCUUUCAUGAGAUUAAAUCACAUGGUUUAUUGCCUGAUGAUGUGACUUAUACGAGCAUGAUAGGUGUUCUCUGCAAAGGAAAUAGACUGGAUGAAGCAGUGGAAAUAUUUGAGCAGAUGGAACAAAAUAGAAAUGUCCCGUGUGCAUACGCAUACAACACUAUGAUUAUGGGUUAUGGAUCAGCUGGAAAGUUUGAUGAGGCAUAUAGUUUACUCGAGCGACAAAAGGCAAGGGGAUGUAUUCCCAGUGUUAUUGCAUACAAUUGCAUUCUGACAUGCCUUGGGAAAAAGGGAAGACUAGGGGAGGCAUUGAGAACUUUUGAAGAGAUGAAAAAGGAUGCAGCGCCCAAUCUUUCAACAUAUAAUGUUCUAAUAGAUAUGCUAUGCAAAGCAGGAGAAGUUGAAGCUGCUUUCAAGGUUCGGGAUGCAAUGAAAGAAGCUGGCUUGUUUCCUAAUGUCAUGACUGUAAACAUAAUGAUUGAUAGACUAUGUAAGGCUAAAAAACUUGAUGAGGCAUGCUCUAUAUUUGAAGGAAUGAAUCAUAAAAUUUGUUCCCCAGAUGAAGUUACAUUCUGUUCACUUAUAGAUGGUUUGGGCAAACAAGGUAGAGUGGAUGAUGCCUACAGGCUUUAUGAACAGAUGUUGGAUUCUGAUAAAAUCCCAAAUGCUGUUGUAUAUACAUCCCUCAUUAAAAGUUUCUUCAAGUGCGGUAGGAAGGAGGAUGGUCACAAGAUAUUCAAGGAAAUGAUCCACAGGGGCUGUUCUCCUGACCUCAGGCUUCUUAAUGCCUAUAUGGAUUGUGUUUUCAAAGCUGGUGAAACUGGGAAAGGAAGGGCCUUAUUUGAGGAAAUAAAAUCUCGAGGAUUUAUUCCAGAUGUUAUGAGUUAUUCAAUCCUAAUUCAUGGCCUUGUGAAAGCUGGUUUUGCACGAGAAACAUAUGAGUUGUUUUAUGCAAUGAAGGAACAAGGCUGUGUUUUAGACACCCAUGCUUAUAACACUUUUAUUGAUGGGUUUUGUAAGUCGGGAAAAGUGAAUAAAGCUUAUCAGCUGCUAGAGGAAAUGAAGACAAAGGGCCGCCAACCAACUGUUGUCACUUAUGGCUCCGUGAUCGAUGGCCUUGCCAAAAUUGAUAGGCUAGAUGAAGCGUAUAUGCUCUUUGAAGAAGCUAAGUCAAAUGGUUUAGAGCUAAAUGUUGUCAUCUAUAGCAGUCUCAUUGAUGGGUUCGGAAAAGUGGGUAGGAUUGACGAGGCAUAUUUAAUCAUGGAAGAGUUGAUGCAGAAAGGGUUAACACCUAAUGUGUACACGUGGAAUUGCUUGCUUGAUGCCUUGGUGAAAGCGGAAGAAAUUAACGAGGCCCUUGUGUGCUUUCAGAACAUGAAAAAUUUGAAAGGCACUCCCAAUCAUAUCACUUACAGCAUUCUUAUAAAUGGUCUCUGCCGGGUUAGAAAAUUCAACAAGGCCUUUGUGUUUUGGCAAGAGAUGCAGAAGCAAGGCUUAAAACCCAAUACUAUUACAUACACUACAAUGAUUGCAGGACUUGCAAAAGCCGGGAACAUUGCAGAGGCUAGUUCGCUCUUCGAGAGGUUUAAAGCAAAUGGCGGUGUACCUGAUUCUGCUAGUUAUAAUGCUAUCAUUGAAGGGUUAAGUUACUCAAGAAGGGCAAUGGAAGCAUAUAAGAUUUUUGAAGAAACUCGGAUGAAAGGGUGUAAUAUUCAUACCAAAACCUGUAUUGCACUUUUAGAUGCCCUGCAGAAGGAUGAAUGUCUUGAGCAGGCAGCAAUUGUGGGGGCUGUUUUAAGGGAAAUAGCAAAAUCUCAACAUGCUGCAAGAUCUUGGUGACAUUAUGUUCCUAUCAGCUACAAAGGAGCUGGUUCUUGUUGUUAACUUAGCAAGUGGUUGAUGCUGUAAUUUUUCUCCUAUCUCGCUGAUGAUCAAUAUCUUGGCCAGAUAGCGCUAUUCAUCCAUCACUCACUUCCUCAUUGGGGCUGUAGUUGCUCCCUGCAGAGGUAAGCAACUUGACUCUUCAUUUUGGUAAGCAUCUAGGCGCGCUAACAUCAGCGAUAAACGUACAAAUGAUAUAUCUCUCUAGUUGGCAUAAGCUUGCAUGAGUUAUAUUGCUCCAACAAUCAUAAAUCCUCUCUGGCUCGCACAUCUAUGAGUUUCCAUAAGUCGAGGAAUGCUUACAGCAUGGGUGGAGCCGCUUUAUAUUCAAGGGGGGCAAUGACCAUCUUUAUUUUAUUUCAACAAGGAUGUUUAGUAUUUUGCCUCUCUUGAUUUCAAAUCCUUGCUUUCAGUGAUUACAUGCUAAUGCAAAUGGCAUUGGACUCUGGUUUUAUAUUAUUCUCUCAUAGAGCAUUGUGCAAAAGAUGCCUUUGUACCAUAGCAGCAGACCAAUGUCCAGUUAUCUUCUGAGUUCAGUGAUUCAAUUGUUGGAGUAGAAAUUGCCUCAUCCAUAGAUGUUCCAUUUGAAUGAACAUAUUGCUUUGUGACAUUAUUGUUUUUAUUUAUCAUUUUUUAUCCAGAUAAUAUGAUGUAACAUUAUUUUUCAA